UAUUUAUUCAUUCUUUACCCUCCCUCCCAUUCGUAGCUCCCAUCUAAGUACUUUUGAAUUUUCUCACUCAGAAUGAUGCUGCCGAAGCAUCGUUAUACUUGGCUCCCUAUGUAUGUGGAAUCAGUGUUUCUCUGUGGAUCAGAUUUUUCCCCCUGGAGUUAAUCUUUGGAAAUGCAGGAUAUUUUUUUGCUUAUCCCUUUUGUAUGCCUCUUAUGUAUGUCCUCACUGGCACUUAAAUAUCUCUACUGGCAAGUCUGCAAGAAAGUAGACUGACUAGUGCCUCUUGUUGCCUUCAAGAUACACAGUCCUGUAUUCCUCCUGGAUUAAGUAAUUAAUUUCCCCUCUAUGUUGAAUUUCCUGAGGUUCUAUUACAAAGCUCUUCAUAGUACAGAUUAUUUUAAAAUUGUUCUGGUUAUGAUGUCUAGAAAAGAUUGUUUUAUUUCUUUUCCUUUAUAGGACUAACCUCCAAACCUCCAAAUUGCAUUUGCAAAUGUUAGAUGCUUUUGUUAAGAUGGUGCUUAAUGUAACCCUGCUGUUUCCUGUUUCCAUUCUCUUUUGAAGGGAAAAAUGUGUUUAGGUUAUCUUUUCCUCCUUUCAUUGCAUAUUUGUAUAUUCUUACAUAUCCUGUUCUUUGGUAGUAUACUUGCAUAUACUUCCCUUCUUAAAUAUUGUAUUACUAGCUUAAAUUUCAUUUAGGCAUUAAUUCAAGAUUAUUUUUCUUCUUGUUCCCAAAGUUGGAAUCUCUGAUGAGGGAGGUUCACAUUUAUAUUCUUUCAGUGACUAGUUUUGUGACCUUUUGGCAGGACUUUGACAUUUAUUUAAGUCAUUUAUGAAAAGGGAAAGCUUGAAUAAAUGAUCUUCAGGCUUUCGUCCAGAAACUUCUAUGGACAGAUUCAAAUGAGUAAUUUCAUAAGCAGUGAGGAACUUGAAGAAACAACAUUUAUUGCCUUUGGUAUAAGCAGUAAUGCUUAUUUAUGUGUGUUAAGACUUUAAAACUGUAAAUAUAUAAAAUAGAUUGUAAGAUUCAGAAAGUAUAUGCUUUCUUUUGUAGGUGUUUGUUUUGUCCACCUGUUUUAAAAUUAAGUCAAAAUGCCAAUAAGACCAAAUCUCCAGCAGUUGGAAAAAUGCAUUGAUAAUGCUUUAAGAAAAAAUGAUUUCAAACCUUUGAAAACACUUUUACAAAUUGAUAUUUGUGAAGAUGUGAAGAUUAAAUGCAGCAAACAGUUUUUCCACAAGUUGGAUGACCUUAUGUGCAGGGAGCUGAAUAAAAAGGAUAUCCAAACUGUUUCAACCAUUUUGGUUUCUUUUGGAAGAUGUGGCAAAAAUAUCAGUAUAUUGGGGAAAGCUGGACUUCUAACUAUGAUAAAACAAGGACUAGUACAAAAGAUGGUUACCUGGUUUGAAAAAUCCAAGGAGAUUAUUCUGAGUCAAGGAAAUUCAAAAGAUGAAGCUGUUAUGAUAGAAGACUUAUUUGAGCUUUUGAUGGUCAUACAUGACAUGGAUGAUGAAGGUAGAAGGCAAGUAGUGGAAAGUUUCAUACCUCGAAUUUGUGCCCUGGUUAUUGACUCAAGAGUGAAUAUUUGUAUUCAGCAGGAGGCUCUAAAAAAAAUGAAUGCUAUGCUGGACAAAAUGCCUGAAGAUGCCAGGAAAAUACUCUCUAACCAAGAAAUGUUAAUUCUCAUGAGUAGUAUGGGAGAAAGGAUUUUAGAUGCUGGAGAUUAUGACUUACAAGUGGCUAUCGUAGAAGCUUUAUGUAGAAUGACCCCAGAAGAACAAAGAGAAGAACUGGCAUGUCAGUGGUUUUCAAUGGAUUUUAUUGCUAAUGCAUUUAAAGGAAUUAAAGUCUCUGAAUUUGAAACAGAUUGCAGGAUAUUUCUCAACCUUGUAAAUGGCAUGCUUGGAGACAAAAGAAGGGUCUUUACAUUUCCUUGUUUAUCAGCAUUUCUUGAUAACUAUGAGUUGCAAAUACCAUCAGAUGAAAAACUUGAGGGAUUUUGGAUAGAUUUUAAUCUCGGGAGCCAGACUGUAUCAUUCUACAUUGCCGAAGACAAUGAUACUCAUCAGUGGGAAGCAGUCACUGUGCCUGAGGAAGAAGUACAAAUAUACAGCAUUGAAGUGAGAGAAUCGAAGAAGCUACUGACUAUAAUUCUGAAAAAUAAAGUAAAAAUUAGUAAAAGAGAAGGGAAAGAAUUGCUUUUGUAUUUUGAUGCAUCGUUAGAAAUCACUAAUGUGACACAAAAAGUUUUUGGUGCAGAUAAGUAUAGGGAAUUUACCAGAAAACAAGGCAUUUCUGUUGCCAAAACAUCUGUGCAUAUUCUUUUUGAUGCAAGUGGAUCACAGAUUCUAGUCCCAGAAAGUCAAAUCUCACCAGUUGAAGAAGAACUUGUUAGUUUGAAAGAAAAAGCUAACCCCCAAGAGGAAUUUGCUAAACCUCCAAAAUGUAUCAAAAACAGUAAUCAAGGAGACAUAAAAAAUAGUCAGCCUAAGAUAAUUACUCCUAGCAAAAGAAAAAUGUCUGAAGCAUCAAUGAUUGUUCCUGGCUCAGAUAGAUACACUGUGAGAAGUCCAAUAUUUUUAGUCAAUACAUUCCUUUGUCCUCCUUUUUAGCAACACUACGAAGAAGAAGAAUUAAACCACCACUGCAAAUGACGAGUUCUACAGAAAAACCUGGU